AUGGGCGGCGCCGCUCUGGAGGGCGGGACGGCGUUACCUGGGCGCUGGGUCUGCCGGAAGCCGGCGUCGGCGGCCACGCGCAGGAUGGCCGCGCCGAAGAGGAAAGCUCCUGGGACGCCUGGCGCGCCAGAGAAGAAGAACAGGAAGUUGAAGAAGGCGCUGGCAGCAGAGAAACCGCCGGCACCCGCAGCCCCGCAGGGCUCCACGGACACCCGUCCUGAGGAGAGCGCGAGCUCAGAGGCGGAGCUGACCCCGGAGGAGAAGCGGGUCCUGGAGAGGAAGCUGAAGAAGGAGCGGAAGAAAGCAGAGAGAAAGCGGCUCCGGGAGGCGGCGGCUGCAGUCCCGGCCCAGCCCCUGCCAGCCAAGCCCUCGGGCGCCCAGCUGGCCCUGGACUACCUCUGUGGCUGGGCCCAGAAGCGCCAGAGCUGGCGGUUCCAGAAGACGCGGCAGACCUGGCUCCUGCUGCACAUGUACGACUGCGACCAGGUCCCCGACCAGCACUUCCCCACCCUGCUGGCCUACUUGGAGGGCCUGCGGGGCCGGGCAAGGGAGCUGACCCUGCAGAAGGCUGAGGCCCUGAUGCAGCAGCUGGACGAGGCGGGUGCGGGCCCGGGCCGCCCCCUGCUGGAGAGGAGCCGGCGCGCCCGGCAGGUGCUGCAGCUGCUCUCCUAGGGCCACAGGCCCCACCAGGUGCCAGCCCAGCUGCCCUCGGGCCCGGACGCUGCCUGUUUUCUACCAGGGCCCAGAGCCUGGCAGAGCUCCCGUCCCGCCCGCUGCAGGCCACGUGUUUCCUGGCCGCGGGGAGCCUCCCGGGCCGUGGCCGUCCACCUCUUGCCUCCCUGCUUGGGCCAAACCACGGCCUUGCUGCCCGCUCCAGGGGAACUGGCUGUACUUCCAAUAAAGCGGCCACGCCGGCCACAGCUCUCGUC